UGAAUAGCCUUCCUACAUUCCAAUUACCAAUUCGAGUCUCCCUCUCUAGUCUCUUCGCCUCUCUCAAAAGUCUCAAAUUAGUCUCGGGGGGCGCCAGGACCCAGGAGGGAUUUGGUGAUGGUGAUGUGGGUGUUCGGAUACGGGUCGCUAAUAUGGAAACCGGGUUUCCAUUACGACGAUUGCCUCGUGGGUUUCAUAAAGGGCUAUCGCCGCGUCUUCUACCAAGGCAGUACUGAUCACAGAGGAACUCCCGAAUUCCCGGGUCGAACGGUCACAUUGGAGCCUGCAGAUGGGGAGGUUUGCUGGGGUAUUGCCUACAAGAUAACUAAAAAGGAAGAUCAAGAAGUAGCAAUAACGUAUCUUGAAGUGAGGGAAAAGCAGUAUGACAAGAAGGCCUAUUUGGAUUUUUUCACUGAUUUAAAAGCUUCAACUCCAGCCAUUUCUGAUGUACUGGUAUAUGUAGCAUCUCCAGACAAGACAAUCAACAAAAACUACUUGGGGCCUGCAUCAAUUGAAGAAAUUGCCAGUCAAAUCGUUCGUGCUGAAGGGCCUUCUGGACCAAACAGAGAUUACCUUUUUCAACUUGAGAAAGCGCUCGGUCUGUUAGUAGGGUGUGAAGACAAACACGUUACUGAUCUCGCUAAGGAGGUGCGACGAAUCCUUGGGGAGACAAUCUGAGUGACCAUUGGCCAGGGAAGACAGACUUUCUUGAGCCUUAUAGUUAUGGAUCUGAAACACCAAAACUAAAACAUAAUUACUUGUGCGGAGCAAUUUAUUUCUUCAAGUUGUUGGCGUCCUCGUGUUCGCCGUCACUUCUUUAAGGAGAAGAAAUACUCAAAUAAGUCUUUAAAUUAUUUAAAACUGUAAUUCAUCUCUUCAAAUGAAAACAACGUUCAAAUUGAUAUCCAAAUUAAUCCACACUUUGUAGGUAAA